AUGUCACCAAUAAAAAAACAAAAACUACAGGAUGUUCGCAGUUUUUUACCAUCUUGGACAAUUGAUUACGGCUUUAUUAAACAUGGAGAUAAGAGUCGUUGUGGUCUGUGUUCCGAAGUUAUUGUAUGUCGAACAUCUUCUAUUAAACGACAUUUUGAAACUAAUCACAGGGAAAUUUCUGAAAAAAAUAUUGCCGAAAGAAGAGAAUUAAUAUCACAACGAUUAAAAGAUGUUGAAAAACAGUCAAAUUUGUUUUCAAGAUUUGUGAAAACUCCUAAUAAUAUAACAGAAGCGAGUUUUGAAAUUUCUUAUUUGAUUACUAAACACUCGAAACCAUUUUCUGACGGAACGUUUAUAAAAACACUUAUGUUAAAAGCUGCUUCCAGUUUGUUCCAAGAUUUUAAUAAUAAGGAAAAAAUUCUCCAAAGAAUACAAGAAUUACAGAUGAGUAGAAAUACUAUUAAACAAAGAAUUUUAAAAAUGAGCAUUAAUAUUUCCGAACAACUUCAAACCGAUAUUAAUAGUUGCGAUUUCUUCUCAAUUUGUUUGGAUGAAACAACUGACAUAAACUCGUCUGCCCGAUUAGCAAUUUUUGCACGUUAUUCAAAAGGGAAUGAAAUACGCGAGGAGCUGUUGAAAUUAGCAAAUAUACCGGAAAGAACAAGAGGUGCAGAUAUUUGUGAAGUUGUUGUUAAUGAAUUAAAAAGCCCUAAUCUCAAUGUAAAAAAAAUUGUUUCUAUUACAACGGAUGGAGCACCUAAUAUGACUGGUCCGGCAACAGGGUUUGUUAAUUUAUUUCAAGAACAUGUAGGACAUCCGAUUAUAAGAUUUCAUUGCAUCAUUCACCAGCAAAUGCUUUGUGCAAAAGUAGGUACUAGCGAUUUAAAAGAAGUUUCAGAAAAAGUUAAUAAAAUUAUAAACUUUAUUGUUGCACGUGAUAUGCACAAAAGACAAUUUAAAAAACUUUUAAAUGAUGUCGAUUGUGGAUAUGACACUCUUUUAAUGUGCAAUAACGUGCGUUGGCUGAGCCGGGCCAUAUCGUUAGAAAGAUUUCAACAGUUUGCACAAAGAUUUCUCGAUUUUAAAAGGAUCGAAAAUUAUUUAAAAAUUAUUAAUUACCCAGAUUUAUUUGAUAUGCAAGAUUGUGACAAUAACCUCCAUAAUUGGAUGCGAUUAGAUAAUUUAGAAAUGCAAAUUAUUGAUCUGCAAUCCAAUCCAAUUUGGGUAAAUAAAUUUGUGAAUAUGCGGAAGCUUGUUGAAGAUUUAGAAAGCCAUCGAUCCCAAAAUGUGGAAUCAGAAUGUUUCAUGGAAAGUAAAAUUUUAGAAGCUUGGAAUAGUAUGCCAGAUACCUUUUAUUCUGUCAAAAAAUUAGCAAUCUCGUUGUUAACGAUUUUCUCUUCCACUUACUCUUGCGAAAGUCUUUUUUCCGUUUUGAAUCAUGUACAUUCAAAGACUAGAAACAGAUUGACAGAGGAAGAUUCGGCAGCAUGUAUUACUCUGCAGUCAACAAUGUACCAGCCCGACAUAAAAACUCUUGCAAAUAAUCAAAAUAUUAUUCAAACACAAUAUUUAAUUCUGCCUCUAAGGGGUUUUGAUAACCCAAUAUGA